ACAAGCCACAACUACUGGAUAGGCAGUGAGAUGAGAAGCUGUCAUUUUUCCAGAAUAAGGAGCACAAUCCAGGACCCAGUGACCAAAGGCUACCAUUUGGAUGCAAUGAGUUUAAAACCCUUUACCUACCCAUUUCCAGAGACGAGGUUUCUUCAUGCAGGACCCAGUGUGUAUAAGUUCAAAAUCAGAUAUGGCCACAGUAUCAGAGGAGAAGAGAUAGCAAAUAAGGAAGUCAUCAUCCAGGAACUGGAGGAUUCUAUCCGUGCAGUCUUGGGAAAUUUGGACAAUCUGCAGCCAUUUGUUACUGAACACUUCAUUGUAUUUCCCUAUAAAAGCAAGUGGGAGAGAGUUUCUCACUUGAAAUUCAAACAUGAGGAUGUCGUCUUGAUCCCCUACCCAUUUGUUUUUACUCUAUAUGUGGAGAUGAAAUGGUUUCAUGAAAACUUGUCACCUGGGAAACCAAUAAAUGACAGUCCUCCUGGGUUGGUUGUAGCUGAGAAGAAAGCAGCAGGAGGCGCAAUGAAGAAGCGAAAACUCCUGGAAGAGCACAGCUCCCCCCAGGAGGCAGGACUACCCAGGGCCAAGAUGGGGUCUUCUAGUCCAAGACCCAGCAGGAAGAAGCUACCUAUAGAGACCAGGAGGAACAGGAAAAGAAAACCCCAGCAAGAGUGGCAGAAGACUGUAGCCUCUGACACCACUGAUGUCCAGAAACAGGAUUCUAAAUGGGGACACAACUUGCCAGGGGCAAUUGUUCCACCAUUGCAGCAGAACAACUCGCCUCCGCCCAAAGAGCUGGGACUCCGUGGCUUCUUUGGGUUUCUAAGCACUCUCUUUCCGCUCCGGUAUUUCUUCAAGAAGAGCAGCCAGUGAGCCGCCUGGAUGCAGUGACAGCCACAGAAGAGGGUCUUCUUUUGCGUUGACGCCUCCCAAGCCACCACUCUUCCAGCUCCAGCCUUUUCUUAUGACCCCUCAGUCACAGUGCUGAUGGCUCCUGACUAGUCCUAUGUGGGUUUAUCCUGUCCUUUGUUCCUUUAUAAUAGGGUGGAUUUUCCCCUGUUUAAAACACUGGAAAAAGAAUGGAACUUUCUAAAAUGCUGGAAUCCAAGAAUUUCACUACCCUGAGGGCCAGCUUAGGUCUUUUGUCUCCAGCACUUAGGAUCCUAAUGCCAGUAAAUUAUUUAUGAAGAA